CCCGCCCGCCCGCAGAUGCAGCAAAUAAAACCCACCCCUGCGCAAACACGACGAAAAGCCUUCCUUCCUCCCGCCCCCAGCGGGCGCCGGGGACGCAGCCGCCCGGCCGGCCCUCCCCGCGCCGAGGUCACCACCCUGGAAAAACAGGCGUACAGAAAGUUAGCCAAGGAAUACCAUCCUGAUAAGAAUCCAAAUGCUGGUGACAAAUUCAAAGAAAUAAGUUUUGCAUAUGAAGUACUAUCAAAUCCUGAGAAGCGCGAAUUAUAUGACAGAUAUGGCGAACAAGGUCUUCGGGAAGGCAGCGGCGGAGGAGGUGGCAUGGAUGAUAUUUUCUCUCACAUUUUUGGUGGGGGAUUGUUUGGCUUCAUGGGCAAUCAGAGUAGAAGUCGAAAUGGCAGAAGAAGAGGAGAAGACAUGAUGCAUCCACUCAAAGUAUCUUUAGAAGAUCUGUAUAAUGGCAAGACAACCAAACUACAACUAAGCAAGAAUGUACUCUGUAGUGCAUGCAGUGGCCAAGGUGGAAAGUCUGGAGCUGUGCAGAAGUGUAGUGCUUGUCGGGGUCGAGGUGUUCGCAUCAUGAUCAGACAGCUGGCUCCGGGAAUGGUACAGCAGAUGCAGUCUGUCUGUUCCGACUGUAACGGAGAAGGAGAGGUAAUUAAUGAAAAGGACCGCUGUAAAAAAUGUGAAGGGAAGAAGGUGAUAAAAGAAGUCAAGAUUCUUGAAGUCCACGUGGACAAAGGCAUGAAACAUGGACAGAGAAUCACGUUCACAGGGGAAGCAGACCAGGCCCCCGGAGUAGAACCUGGAGACAUUGUUCUCUUGCUACAGGAAAAAGAACACGAGGUGUUCCAGAGAGAUGGGAAUGAUUUGCACAUGACAUAUAAGAUAGGACUUGUUGAAGCUCUGUGUGGAUUUCAGUUCACGUUUAAGCACCUUGAUGCGCGUCAGAUUGUGGUAAAAUACCCCCCAGGCAAAGUGAUUGAACCAGGAUGUGUCCGUGUAGUUCGAGGUGAAGGAAUGCCACAGUAUCGUAAUCCCUUUGAAAAAGGUGAUCUUUACAUAAAGUUUGAUGUGCAGUUUCCUGAAAACAACUGGAUCAGCUCAGAAAAGCUUUCUGAACUAGAAGAUCUUCUGCCCUGUAGACCAGACGUUCCAAACAUAAUUGGAGACACAGAGGAGGUAGAGCUUCAGGAAUUCGAUAGCACCCGGGGCUCAGGAGGUGGUCAGCGGCGUGAAGCCUAUAAUGACAGCUCUGACGAAGAGAGCAGCAGCCAUCAUGGGCCAGGGGUGCAGUGUGCCCAUCAGUAAACUCUACAGACAAAUUAAUUGCACAAGUGGAUUUUCUUUCCACAUUUGCCUGGUUUGUUUUCAACGAUCCAGCUGGAGUGUCUGGGUCAGUCCAGAUGAACUGAUGGACAUCUGUUGGUCUAUGUGUAACUUUUAAAGUUGGUAUAGUAUCUACAGAGUGUAUAAUUUAAACUAACCACAAAGCUUUACAUCUUCAUUUUGACUGUUCUGUAGCAAAAUAAAGCACUUGAAAGGAAACAAGACUCCCUUUCACACAUGGGUUUUAAGUUUCAGUCCUGGCAUCUGUGCUUAAUUUUUAUCGGUUUUGUGUAGAGUUUUUUGUUUAAUAUUUUAAAUUCAGAUCCCACAUUGUAAAGUUUGUGUACAAUUUGUCCUAAAGCUUUGUGUUUGGCUGCACCUGCAUAAGCUGCUACAAAUAGAAUAAAGAAUUUCAUAGCCUGUAUCUAUCAUUUAGGUGCAUGGAAAAAUGGGCUUUGCACACAAUGGGUUUGGAGCUGACUGGGAACAAUGGGAAGAAAUGCAUUAGCUGUGGUUGUAAAGUUUUUUGGGUUUGUUUUUUUUUUCCUUUUUUUUUUUAACAUCUUGUGAAAGGUUUUUGAAACUCGAUAAUAAAAAGCAGUUGGUGUAAAUUAUUCUUUGUGUCACAUUUUUAGAAGGAAGAGCAUAUUUUGAACUGGAGACUGUACCUUAGCUCUGGUUCUGAAGCAGCCCUUAAAAACCCAUUGGCCUGAAGCUUUCACCUCAGGCACGUGCCCAUUUUAUAGUUUUAAAAGGGAAAAGGACGUUUGAUAUGUUGGUAGAAACAGGCUGUGUUGGUUUCAGUUGAUGCUUUGUAAACCUGAGGGACAUCUGAGUUGUGUAAUUCGCUCCCAGGCCAGGGUAACGUGGCCUCUGUAUCUCCCCACCACCCCAUUUUAAAAAUAAGGUAACAGCAAAUCAAUAUUAGAACCAUGUGUGCAUAGAACCUGUUAAAAUGCUCUCUGUUUUCAUUAAAUGUUAAGUUAAAAAUU